AUGAUAUUGCUAACAAUAUUCCUGAUUGGUUCUGUUUUCGGAUAUGAUGAGAGCAAAUGUAAUCCAUCUGACCUGCCGAUAGCUAUGAAAUGUAUCCUUAAUCAUCGAGAAAUACGGGAACAAGCCGUAUCUCUUGAUUUGAACGAUAAUAAAAACGUUGUAAAACUGAAUAACAUAUGUAUUGAGUUUCUUAAAUGUGCGGUCCCAAUGAAAUGUGGUGGAGAAGGUAAAGAUGUUGAGAAUAUUGACAAAGCGAUUUCUUACUGUGACGCUGUUGCUUUUCACGUUUCCGCUGAAUACAGCGUUUGUGCUGAAAUAGUUGAUACGAAGAACUCUACAUGUGUUCAAGGAUGGAAUCCGUUUCCGGAUAUAGAAGACUCGCCGGCAGAACAAGAGAAACGUCAGAAGGAAGCAUGUGAAAACUUCUUUGGAAAAGAUGGAUGUUUGGAACAAGAGAUCACGGAUAAUUGCAGUUUGGAGACAUGGAAAAACUUCAAAAAGCACUAUCUGGCAUUGAACAAAAUAAUUGAAGCAUGCGAUUUCGAAUGA